GCCGUCCUCCUCUCCCCGCCCGGGGAGCCGACAGCUCCCCAGCUCAGUUGUGUCGAGGCGUCGGGCGCGCGAGGUUGUGUUCGUGCCGUGAUCUUGUGCGUCUGCCAUGAGGAGCCGUCUCCCUCGGAGGAUAUUCCCGGUGGCCAGGUGACCUGACAGGAGACAAGUGAGACAGUGCGACGGUGUAUCGUCUCGCCGGGAUACACACAUGCAAGGCCAGACGGUGUUGGAGAGCCGUCUGGGCGAGGACGUGGCCGCCAAGCCCAGGACUACCAGACUGCACCGCCAGGACUCCUUCAAGAUGAAGAAGUCGCCGUGUCUGGUGCUGAGGUUCAUGCCCAUCCCGUCAUGGGGCGGACACAAGGAGUUCCACCGCCGCCACAGGGAGCUGUGCGAGGACGCCUUGCUGCCUCCGGGGGGCCGGCCUGGCGCCGCGACGCCGCCCCCCCAGUCGCCGCAGUCGCCCCAGUCGCCGCGCGACAUCGACGCCGAGCCGGCGUCCCGCGUGCUGCCCUUCCUGUACCUGGGCAACGCGCGGGACGCGGCGGACCUGGGCUGCCUGCGCGCGCGCGGCGUCACCCGGGUGCUGAACGUCACCUCGCACCUGCCCGGGUACCACGAGCACCGCGGCAUCUCGUACAAGCAGCUGCCGGCCUCCGACUCGGGCCAGCAGAACCUCAAGCAGUACUUCGAGGAGGCGUUCGCCUUCAUCGAGGAGGCCCGCCAGACGGGAGCCAGCGUGCUGGUGCACUGCCAGGCCGGGGUGUCCCGCUCUGCUACCAUAGCCAUCGCCUACAUCAUGAAGCACAAGCGGCUCUCGGUGGGCGAUGCCUACCGCCUGGUGAAGAGCGCGCGGCCCAUCAUCUCCCCUAACCUCAACUUCAUGGGCCAGCUGGUGGAGCUGGAGCAGGUGCUGCGCUGCGGGGAGGCGGCGCCGCCCCCGGACGCCCUGGCGGCCCUCGCCGCCCCCGGGGACGGGGCCAAGCCCUGCCUGCAGCUCCGCUGGACGCAGCACCCCAGCGAGGAGGUCACCUCGGGCUGCAGCGUAUAGACUCCACACCGUUUUUAUAUUUAUUGUUCUUGAAGUGAUGUGCAUUUCGGUCUGUGUCUGGAGAGGUGUCCCGAGGGAUUCAGAGGGUGAUGAUAUUGUUUUUCAAUUUAUUCUAGAAACUAUUUAAUUUUCUUUAUCAAUCGAGACCUGACUAGAUUUUAACUUGUAUUAUUAUUUUUUUUUUUUCGCAACCUUGAAUAUUUUUGUAUGUACACACAUAUCAACAUUUGCUGGGUUCUGAUGUCAAAGUGAGGGGGAAGAUUAUAAUGAAUGUGUGAUUUUCACAUUAAAAAAAAAAAAAAGAGGCAGAUUUUGGUUACUUCUGUGGGGCAAAAAUUGUUUUCAUGAUUGAUCAAAAUAAUUAUACCGCAUUGUCGAGGGAGUUUUUUCAGACUCUGAUUUGGACUUGGUAUAUGAUGUAAGUGUGAAUAUGUGUGUAUGUACCCUGAAUAUUGCUAUUUAUGCGAAGAAGCAGCAGAAAGACUUAAUUUUUCAACUCGCCGCAGUGUGGUUUGGUCGUGCUGAUCACAGCAGUGUUGCCUCUGUGGUGAAUGUGGGAGUAAUGUCGAUGCAACCGAUAGCUGAGGACUGAAGGUGUUGCUUUGUCUCCCGCUCAAGUAGGCAGAGGGCAGCUCGGAUCAUGCUAACUAGCUGAAAUCAUUUCAUUACGUUGCGUGGAGAGUUUCGUGGUGUUGCGAGGUGUGUUAAUGGUAUGCGAAUCUAGUCGUUCAUUUGGGUUACAAGGCUGUGUAAUGCUGGAAAUUGCUAUUUUUAUUUUGUGUUCCGCCAGUGUCACCUGUCUGGAUGUGGUAUGCUUGCACAGGUAGACUGAGUGUGUUUGGCACGUAUAAUGCAAAUAUCCUGGGUGCAAAGGUUACCACUAAGUUACUUUUAUUUUAAUACUAAAUGUAAGUGUAAACAAAUAUAAGAUAUGACCCUUUUAUCUUUGUUUCAAAACUUAUUUGUCCAGAAGUUUUUACGUUACCCCAAUGUAAGCUGUGUUUUCUUUCUUUUACAUUUGCACAUACCAUUCGGAGAAGUACGUGGUACUCUUGUAUUUCUCGUGAAUGAGUGGCAAUUGUAAUUCUAAACAUUUACAAUUUUAUACAGUAUGUUACUGUGCGUGUUAUGAAUCAAAAAAAACAAUACUGCAGACCAAAAUAGUUUUGCUCAAAGUUCAUGAAAAGAAUGUUUACUAUGUGAAAUUAAUGGUGGACUUGCGAUUUGUUUACAGAUUUGUGACUUUUUUUGUUUCCAUAGGGAAUGUUUGUUAUUAAAGACAAUUGUUUUGAUUAUCAGAACACCACCUGCUUCUGUUUUUUUGUCAUUGUUUUUGACUGAAUAAUACCACUAAAUAUUUAGUGGUGCUUAAAAACUGUCUAUAAUGGCUGUCAACGCACUGUUGCCUGUUUUGUGAACUCGCAACUCAUAAUUAAUUUGCUAACUUUCCAAGUACAUAUUUUCAAUCAAGAUUUAUUUUAUAAAAUUUAAUUACUUUUAUCAUAAACAAGAGUUUGUAAAAGUAAUUUCUCUCACUUAUAUCCUCUUGUAAAUUAAUUUUGGUUUUUAGGUUAGUAAUACGUAGUUGGGAAUUAAUUUUAUUUGUAAAUUUUAAUGUGUACUUCUGGGUUGUCACUUAAGAUUUUCUAUUAAUGGUGGUACUUAAACUACAGGAAAUUCUGUCAUAAUAUUUUUUUGUAAUAUUUAGAGAAACAAUUACACCAUUUUGUAAAGAUUUCAGUAAUUACAUAAUUGCACUUCUCAAAAGUCUAUGAUCAAGCUUAUCCAGUGGAAAAGUGCUCUUAACAGGAAUUGAAAACAAAAACUUUUCACAAUUUUGUAGUUAGUUUUUUUAAUUAGUAGAAAAUAAAAUCAAAAUGAUUUUUUUAUGUCUGCAGGCUAAAUCAAGUAGUGUGUAAAAAAAAUGUAUCACUAUAUUAAAAUAUGUAGGUGAAUAAAGUAAUUAUUUAUAAUAAUCUCUUUGUAUAAUGUGGUGACAUUAUGCUCAUGCUAUUUCCCCAUGCCAUUUACAAGUUCAACAUAUAAUCCUCUUGUUGAACAACAAAUGUUUGAUUAUUUGUCAUGUACAGUUGUAUGCAGAAAGAAGCAAAUUACUACAAUGUGCCUUGUUUAUUGAAUUCAGAUCUGCGAUUGCUAAAAUUGUAUAGCAAAGCUACUAUGUGUGUGUUGUGACCAAGAACGUUGUCAUUGUAAUUAUUGAUGGUUUACAGAAAAGUUGAAAAUAUAUAGCAAUGCAACAUUUGAA